AUGAGCAAGAUCGAAAAUUUGGGGUUCUAUAGAGUUGAAGACCAUACAGCUGUUCUCACCGAUGCCAGUCCGUGCGGGCUAGGUGCCAUCCUGAUUCAGUUCGAUGAGGCUGGUAAACACCGUGUCAUCAGUUUCGCUUCAAAAUCACUGACCGACACGGAGCGCCGUUAUUGCCAAACGGAAAAGGAAGCGUUGGGAAUAGUUUGGGGCGUAGAGCGUUUCCAGUAUUAUCUCCUGGGAAAAACAUUCGAUAUCCACACGGAUUGCAAAGCUUUAAGUUUUCUUUUCUCCCAGCGUUCUAAACCGUGCGCACGUAUAGAAAGGUGGGUGUUGCGGUUGCAAGCAUUCGACUACAAAGUAAUAUUUACGUCAGGAAAAGAUAAUGUGGCUGAUACUUUAUCACGGCUAUCAAUUCAAAAGGCAAUACCGUUUGACUCUUCAGAAGAAAUCUUUGUUCGGGAAGUCGUUAUGCACGCAGUAAAUUCUUCAGCGUUGACAUGGCGAGAUAUCGCAGAAGCGAGUAAAGCUGACUCAGAAAUUCAACAAGUUUUGAAUAUACUGGAAUCAGGAGAAAAUCAAGAUUUGCCAAUCGUAUACCGAGUAAUCGCCAAUGAACUUUGUGAUUUUCAAGGCGUGCUUAUUCGAGGAGAUCGAAUCGUUGUUCCGUGCUCUCUCCGAGAAAAAGUACUGCUUACCGCUCACGAAGGUCACCCAGGAAUCACGAUGAUGAAGAAUCAUCUACGUUCCCACGUUUGGUGGCCUAAAAUGGAUGCUCAGGUAGAGAAAAUCGUGAAGAACUGUAGAGGAUGUACCUUAGUCGGUGCACCAGAACCUCCGGAGCCUUUACAGCGGAGUCAGCUACCUAGUUAUCCAUGGCAUACGAUAGCUUUGGAUUUUUUCGGACCUCUGCCGGAAGGACAACAUUUAAUGGUUGUUAUUGAUUAUUACAGCCGCUUCAUGGAGGUAUGCGAAAUGGAAACGACAACUGCGCAAGAUGUCAUAAGAGAACUUUCCAUUAUGUUCAGUCGAUACGGAAUUCCUGUUACGUUAAAGGCAGAUAAUGCACCUCAACUUAGUGCAGACUGUGCGGAGUUUAAGCAAUUCUGUGAUGCAAAUGGCAUCAAACUGAUGAACACUAUUCCCUAUUGGCCGCAAUCAAACGGGGAGGUUGAGCGCCAAAACCGCUCGAUCAUUAAGCGUCUUCGUAUAGCCCAAGAACUUGGACAUGACUGGCGCCAAGAACUUUACAAGUAUUUGCUCACUUAUCAUUCUUCCAAGCACCCAACGACAGGAAAAUCACCGGGUGAGAUUAUGUUUGGUCGUCGCAUCAAAAACAAACUACCAUGUAUUUCAUCUUUUCAAGAAGAUGCAGGGGUUAGGGAACGAGAUGCUGUAGUUAAACAAAAAGGUAAAGAGUACGCGGAUCAAAGACGGGGGGCAAAACGAAGUAUUCUAAAAGUGGGUGACCACGUGUUGGCCAAAAGAAUGCGUAAAGUUAGUAAGCUGGACGGAGACUUCAGUAAUGAAGAAUUUGUCAUUUGUCAAAAAAAAGGGACAGAUACAUUAAUCCAGUCAAAGGACAAUGGCAAGCAAUACAGACGGAGCUCAGCGCAUCUUAAAAAAAUAGGAGAAGAGCAGCAUUCUUCUGUUGACGAAUCCACAAAUAACCCUUUACACCCAUCAGAGACAGGAAACACUCCUAUUAAAGCGUCUGCGCCCAAUCAGCCAUUAGCUAAUCCAGAUAAACGAAUUAGAAUACCUCCGUCAAAGUAUCAUGACUAUGUCCCAUACUGA